GCUCCGGUCCGCUCACACAGACUCGCGGUCGCCGCGCUCCACCGUCUCGCUCUCGCUGGGCCUACGUCAUCACACGGCGCUCGGCGGAACAGCGCGACCGAAGGGCUUCAGAAGCGGGUGUUUACUGCGACCAGGCGGGUAAAGAUGAGGGAAACGCCGUUGUCAAACUGCGAGCGACUCUUUCUCCUAAAAGCCAUCGAAGAGAAAAAGCGCUUGGAUGGAAGACAGGCAUACGACUACCGCAAUAUAAAAAUCACGUUUGGCACAGAUUAUGGUUGCUGUACGGUCUGUCUUGGGAAAACAAGGGUGUUGGCACAGGUGUCUUGUGAGCUGGUCCCACCCAAAGAUUCACGGCCCACAGAGGGCAUCAUGUUCUUUAAUCUGGAGCUUUCUUCCAUGGCGUCGCCUGGCUUUCAGCCCAGCAGGCAGUCUGAGUUGUUGGUGACACUGAACCGACAACUGGAAAGAUGUCUGAGGAACUCCAAAUGCAUAGACACAGAGUCUCUAUGUGUUGUCUCAGGAGAAAAGGUGUGGCAGAUCCGGGUAGAUGUUCAUGUACUGAAUCAUGAUGGCAACUUGAUGGAUGCAGCGAGCAUCGCUGCCAUUUCCGCUCUGUGCCACUUCAGACGGCCUGACGUGGCCAUCCAGGGCAGAGACAUCACUGUGUUCAGCCCAGAAGAGAGGGAUCCUGUUCCGCUGAGUAUUUACCACAUGCCUAUUUGUGUGAGCUUCGCUUUCUUCCAGCAGGGCACUUAUUUGCUGGUGGAUCCCUGUGAAAAAGAGGAGCUUGUCAUGGACGGGCUAUUGGUCAUAGCCAUGAACAAACAUAGAGAGAUAUGCUCUGUUCAGUCCAGCGGAGGCAUCAUGCUGCUGAAAGACCAGGUCAUUCGAUGCAGUAAAAUAGCAAGUGUGAAAGUGUCUGAAAUCACUGAGCUCAUCAACAAAGCCUUGGAAAACGACCGACAAGUCAGGAAAGAGGGUGGCAAGUUCGGCUUUGCUGAAUCUAUACCUAAGGAGCGAAUCACAGCUCUGAAAAGAGAACAGGCUCCAGUGGAGAUGAAGGAUAUUGAAGAGACGGCUGAUGAAAUUGUCAGAGAAGCAGAAGCUCCCUCUGAAGCUGUGCAUUCGCCUGUUAUUGUUGCCACGGGAACUGGGCAGGUGGGUGAGGGGCUCCAGAACACCUGGGGCCUAGAGGAAGAGGAUGCGGAAGAGGAGUUUCAAGGCGGGAUGGAUGGAAAGGAGAAGAAGAAAGAUGAAGUGAUGGUAAUCUCAGACAGUGAAGAAGAGGAAGUGGUGAUUCUUAAGCCAGAAGCGCAGAAAUCCAAAAGCAGGCGGCCCAAAAACUGAAGAGGAAAAGGAAGAUUGAGUGAUUGAUGCAAGCAUACUCUGAACAACCUGGUCUUUGUCAAUAAAUAUAUUUUUUCCUUACUUACUAAA